AUGGAUAUCGUUGUUGCUAAUCGUGAUAGUAACAAUAUAGGUGUACUCAUCGGAUAUGGGAAUAGCAGUUUUGCAAAUCAAACAACUUAUGCUACUGGCUCUGAACCACGAUCUGUAGUUGUUAGUGACUUCAACAACGACACUCGACUAGAUAUCGUCACUGCUAAUUCGGGAAGCGACAAUAUAAGUGUUUUACUUGGAUACAGCAACGGUAGUUUUGCAGACCACAUAACUUAUUCUACUGGUUCUUACCCACGAUCUGUUGCUGUAGGUGAUUUCAACAACGACAAUCAAAUGGAUGUGGUCGUUGCUAAUGAAAAGAGUAACAAUAUAAGUGUACUCAUCGGACAUGGUAAUGGUACUUUUGCAGAUCAAACAACUUAUUCUACUGGCUUUGGUCCAGGAUCUGUAGCUAUUGGUGAUUUCAACAAUGACAUUCUACUGGAUAUCGUCACUGCUAAUUCAGGAAGCAACGAUGUAAGCGUACUUCUGGGAUAUGGCAAUGGUACGUUUGCAAAUCAGAUGACCUAUUCCACUGGCUCUGAGCCACGCUCUGUAGCUGUUGCUGACUUCAACAACGAUAGUCGGCUGGAUAUCGUCAUCGCUAAUUAUAAGAGCAACGAUAUAAGUGUACUUCUAGGAUAUGGCAAUAGUAGUUUUGCAGGUCAGAUAACCUAUUCUACUGGCUCUGAACCACGAUUUGUAGCUGUUGCUGACUUGAACAAUGAUACUCAAAUGGAUAUCAUUGUAGUUAACUCGGGUAGCAAUAAUGUAGGUGUACUACUCGGGUACGGCAAUGGUAGCUUUGCAGAUCUAACGACCUAUUCUACUGACUCUGGGCCACUGUCUGUAGCUGUUGGUGAUUUCAACAACGACAAUCGAAUGGAUAUCGUCGUGGCUAAUCUCGGAAGCUCCAAUGUUGGUAUCAUGCUUCAAGAGAAUAUCGUAGUUCUCGGAAACGCAAUGGGGUUUACAUUUGAUAGUGGUUCUGACUUGCGAGAUCUUGCUGUUCAUGACGUAAAUAACGAUAAUCGGUUGGAUAUUGUAAUUGCUAAUUACGGCAGUAAAACAAUUAGUGUUCUUUUUGGUAACGGGAACAGUACGUUUGCAAAUCAAGUGACCUAUUCAACUGGUUCUCGUCCGAACUCUGUAGCUGUAGAUGAUUUCAACAAUGACACUUAUGUUGAUAUUGCCGUAGCGAAUUAUGAUAGUAAAAAUGUAGGUAUACUUCUUGGAAAUGGUAAUGGAAAAUUUACGUUACAAACCAGUGUCGGAACUCGUUUUCCUUUCGCUCCCUUUCUUCUCGCAGUUGGUGAUUUGAACAAUGAUGGACGACCAGAAAUUUUGGUUGGCCAGAAUGGCAGUAACGUAGCUCAUAUACUUGUUGCAUAUGACAUUGGAUCGUUAACAGAUCAAAUAACCUAUUCUACCGGCUCUUACCCAAUCUCUAUUGCUGUGGGUGAUUUCAACAACGACACUCAAAUGGACAUGAUCAUUGCUAAUUAUCGGAGUAACACUGUAAGUGUACUUCGUGGAUAUGGCAAUGGCAGCUUUGCAGAUCAAGCAACUUAUUCUACUGGCUCUUACCCAGUGUCUGUAGCUGUGGGUGAUUUCAACAACGACAAUCAAAUGGAUGUGGUCGUUGCUAAUGAAAAGAGUAACAAUAUAAGUGUACUCAUCGGACAUGGCAAUGGUACUUUUGCAGAUCAAACAACUUAUUCUACUGGCUUUGACCCAGGAUCUGUAGCUAUUGGUGAUUUCAACAAUGACACUCGACUGGAUAUCGUCACUGCUAAUUCAGGGAGCAACGAUGUAAGUGUACUUCUGGGAUAUGGCAAUGGUACGUUUGCUAAUCAAACAACUUAUUCCACUGGCUCUGGCCCAGGAUCUGUAGCUGUUGGUGACUUCAACAACGAUGGUCGGCUGGAUAUCGUCACCGCUAAUUCUAAGAGCAACGAUGUGAGUAUAUUACUUGGAUAUGCCGAUGGUACUUUCGCUAAUCAGACUACUUAUUCUACCGACUCCUACCCAAUCUCUGUAGCUGUUGGUGACUUCAACAAUGACAGUCAAAUCGAUAUUGUCGUUGUUAAUUAUCUGAAGAACACUGCAGGUGUACUUCUUGGAUAUGGGAAUGGCAGUUUCUCAGAUCAAACUGCCUAUUCUACUGAGUCUUAUCCAAUGAGUGUAGCAGUUGAUGAUUUCAACAACGAUACUCGACUGGAUAUUGUUGUUGUUAAUCAGGGGAGCAACAAAAUAAGUGUACUUCUCGGAUAUGGAAACGGCAGUUUCGCAGAUCAAAUGACUUUUUCCACCGGCUCCCGCCCAAUCUUUGUAGUUAUUAAUGACAUCAACAACGACAAUCGACUGGAUAUUGUCGUCGCUAAUUUCUGGAGCGACAAUGUAGGUGUUCUUCUUGGAUACGCUGAUCAUGCUUUUCUUGAACAAAUGACACUGGAUAGUGGCGAUGGUUCUCUUCCACAGUCAUGUAUCAUUGCCGAUUUCAACAAUGAUAAUCAGAAAGACAUUGCCAUUGCUUAUUCAGGAAGUGACAUGAUCAUUGUUAAUUUAUUUGUUCGUGGUCCAUAG